AUGGACCAACUAAAUUUACCAAAAUUUAAAUUUAAAUCUUUUUUUAUUCGGUUUAGAAAUUUUAAAAUUUGAUCAUUUUGUUUACAAUGACCAAAAUUUUAUCAUGCUACAAUAAGUUGUAAUUCAAGUGAAGGUCAAAUAAUUGUGAAGAUGAUUCAAGUACUAUCUAAGCUCAUUAUUUCAAGUCAUUUUCGAAGUAUUGUCAUUGAAACUUUGUUUUUCUUUAGUCUUUUCUAAAACUUUUGAGGAAGAUACAAGAAGAAACCAAUUAAAUUUCAUCGACAUCACUAUAUCCUUAGUAGUAAAGACUUGAGAAACAAUAAUAUUUACUUUAGAAUGUCUCACAAAAUUAUUUUUAAAAUACUGCACUUCUUGAUUAUUGGUUUGUUAUAAACUAAGUAAUGAAAUUUCUUGUGAUAGUAGAAUGCUCUUUUUUGUGUGUAUUAAAAGUGUACUUUCUUUAUUCUCUUUAAUAAGUUCUUUUGGUUUCUAAAAUCUUGGAACUAUGAAAAUCUUAUUAGUGCAACUUUCAUUUUAAAGAUAUUAGUUCAAACUAAUUAAUUAAUAUCCCUCCACCUUCUUAUAUGGUUUCCUACUACUUAGCUAAUCUAAUUAUAUAUAAGGAAAGAUAUACUAAUAAAUAAGGUUUUUAUAAUUUUAGUCAAAUCCUAUUGAUAAGUCUUCACUAUCAUGAGUUAAUAAUUAAUAAAUAAUAUAAUUUUAGCUUUAACUCAUGAUAAAUAAACAUAUUUGUGUUAAAUUGGGAAAGAUAUUUUUUAAUUGAUUAACAUGAAUUUUUAGCUAAUUAUGUGAUUUUCUAUGAAUUUAUAUAAUUUUUAUAGUUUUAUUUUUGAGAUAAAUAAAAAAAUAAAAUAAAAAUAAAGAGAUAGCAAAACGGUGGGACUUGUUGGCCAACUAGGCCCACAAGUGGGUUGGAAGCACAAUUGAGGGGAGCCACAAGUAGGGGCUUGAGUGGCUAGGGAUAGAUGGGGGCACGCGUGUGCCACUCCCCUUUCACGUCAUCGGUGGCUAGCUAGCUAUGGGGCAAGGAGUGGUCAUAUAUGCAAGAGAAAAUAACUUACUUGCAAAUAUAAUAUUACUAUAUAUUCGUCUAAAACUUUGGGACAUAAGUGAUGUGGGACUAAACCCGCAUCAUCCUUCCCUUGAAAGGCUUCGAAGAUUUUAAUACUUGCAAUACCCCUUUGUUAUAACAGUGAUAUAUUAUGAUGACGUUAUUUGAUAAAGGCAUUAGAGUUCUUAUGUUAAUCUCUCUCAUGUAGGUGGGCAAUCGACGUGGGUUUAAAUCUUCCUAGAGUCAAAACUCAUAUUUUUAUCUGAUUAUCAUGACUUUCCUGUAGAUCAUUGUGAAGAAUUAAGUCACCAAAAUUGUUGGAUCAUCAAUGAAAAUCUCGUCAACGUGAUUUGCAGAGUAUUGUUACUAAAAUUGUUGAAUAAUUUGCAAUAAAAGGAUUACAAAUCUAUCGAGUAAAUCAUCUCCAAUCGAUUGACGAACAAGUCAUCAUUAGGAAGAAGAUGAUCUACUAGGAGACUAGUCGUCACCUCUUGAGAGCGUACCGGAUGUGAUGAAGAGCCUCCUCUUGUUAUGUGGAUUUAAGGAUGAAGCUCUCUGACAUGCGCCUCAUCUCCAUCUAGCUUCUCUUCGUCGAGUGACAAUUGUUAGAGAGCUACAAAGUCAUCAUUUUUCUGCUCCAUUAGGUGAUAGCCGCUAGAGACGAUUCAAUGACUCAUUUCAUUGAUCUCUAGACUUCGCAAAGAGAUCUAGAGAUUAAUUAUGUCGUUUAUGUCCAAAGAGAGCUUUCGAGGCUAUGGACACUAUACAACGAUCCUCUCGAACGCUCAAGAUUCUAGUACAUCAUUGACGCAUCGCCGCUGCGAUGUCAAAACUCUAUUUUCUUACUUUCAACUUAUUUUUUACUUCAUUUAGUGAUAAUUUAUGUGAUUUAAAUUUACCAAACUAUACUUCAUUCAAUUACGAUUUUUCUGACUUUUACAAAUCUUAACUUGAUCAAUUAAAUUAUCUGUAAUCGCUCAUGUAAGAAUUAUCAAGUUGAACUCUAUUUUCACUUGAUUUACGUUCAUCGGGCACUAAGGUCAUCCUAACAUCCACACCCUUAUUUCCCUUUUUCAUGAAUUUUAAAUAUAUUUUAUUUUUAUUUUUUAGUAUAAAAUUAAUAAAAACUCAUUCUUUGAGCAAAAUUUUGAAAAAUUGUUUGAUACUAUAUUACUAGUUUUAUAAGUUUUAUUAAAUUAUAAUUAUUAUAUUUGUUCAAAAAUGCUUCUAAAUAUCUAAAAAUUGAUAUUUUCUAGUUUUAUAAAUUUUAAAUUUACAUGAUUUACUAUACAACGACUAAGUCACAUCAAUAUAUUAUUAGUGUAGCUUCUAUUUUAAAGAUAUUAGUUCAAACUAAUUAAUCAAUAUCCAUCCAUCUUCUUAUAUGGUUUCUAACUACUUACCUAAUUUAAUUAUAUAUAAGGAAAGAGACACUAAUAAACAAGGGUUUUAUAGUUCUUUAGCCAAACCCCCUUGACGUGACUCAGUCGUUGUAUGUUAAAUCAUGCAAAUAUAAAAUUUAUAAAACUAGAAAAUACGAAUUUUCAGAUAUUUAGAAGUAUUUCUAAAUAAAUAUAUCAAUUAUAAUUCAAUAAAAAUUCCAAAAAUAGCGGUAAUUUUCCAGGUCAAUCACAGGAAUGUAAUAUAAUAUCUGGUAAUUAUUCAGAAUUUUUCUCAAUGAGUACGAUUUUCUUACGAAUUUUAUACUAGGAAAUAAAAAGGAAAUAUAUUUAAAAUUCACAGAAAAAAGGAAAUAAGGGUGCAGACGUCAGGAUGACGUCAGCGCCUGGCGAACGCCAAGCCCGACGAUUCUUACGUAGGCGAUUAGAGACGACUCAAUUAAUCAAAUUAAGAUCUAUAAAAGCCGGAAGAAUCGUAAUUGAACGAAGUAUAGUUUGGUAAAUUAAAAUCAACAAAGUAUCACUAAAUGAAGCGUAAAUUAAAUUGAAAGCAGGAAAACAGAGUUCUGACGUCGCGACGGCGAUGCGUCGGCGAUGCACCGGAAUCCUGAGCGUUCGGGAGGAUCGUCGUGUAGUGUCCACGGCCUCGAAGGCUCUCCUUGGACAAAGACGACGUGGGCAAUCUCUAGAUCUUCUCGCGAAGUCUAGAGAUCAAUGAAGUGGGUCGUCGAAUCGUCUCCGGCGGCUGUCACCCGGCGGAGCGGAAAAACGGCGACUUUGCGGCUCUCCGGCGGCUGUCACCCGACGGAGAGGAGCUGGAUGGAGGUGGGGCGCGUGUAGGGAGCUUCAUCCUCAGGUCCGCGCAGCAAGAGGAGGCUCUUCAUCGCAUCUGGUACGCUCUCAGGAGGUGGCGACUGGUCUCCCGGCGGAUCGUCCUCUUCCCGACGACGGCUUGUUCGUCGAUCAAUCGGAGAUGA